CGCAUAACGGAACGCAAAACCCAUCUGGCAACACUGACAUCAUUACAAUUCAAUAAUUUCAAAGUUUUUCGCAACUUCCACAGUAGAGCGAGGUGGUUGUUUAUUUUAUAUAAUAUCAACUUACACAUAAUAAUUUUCAACUUGCUAUCUGCGAAAAAUGGAAACAGCGAAUGUGAAGGCGGAAUCCUCGCAGGAGGAUACACACGACGUCGAAAACGAAGACGAGAUCACGUCGAAGAUCGCAGAACCGCCAAACGGCCAUGAUUCUUGCAGCGAACAAGAUUCGUCAGACAGUUCGGACAUCUCUGACUUUUUAGAGUCAGAAACAGACUCCGAGCCAGUGUGGGACAGUGAAUCAGAGUCUGACGACGAAGAACCGUCCUCUCCUGUGUCUUCGGCCUCAACAGCUUCGUCAGAAAUGUGGAGCGACGACGCGCUAAUUGCCAAGGUGUGUGCUUUCCAAUUGCAACCUGGGCUUAAGGAAAUUGCGUCAAAAUCUCCUGUAGAUUUUUUAAACUUGAUGUUCCAAAAACCGUUAUUUGAAAGUUUAGUAAAAAAUAUUAACAAGCACGGAACAAAACUGCUGAACGAAAACAGCAUACAAGAAUGGAAUGAUGUGACAAUAAAAGAGUUCCACGUCUUUUUAGGAUCAAUUCUGAACGUCGGAACUAUAAACACGACCGUAGCGGCAGACUUCUGGAACGAAGCUCGAGGCGUAUUCCUUCCUAAAAAUUAUAUGACUGAAAAGAGAUUUUUGAUGAUACUUAAAUGUCUCAAUUUCGCAGAAGACAUCCCUGAGAAAAAAAAUAGAAUGUCCAAAGUGUCUUUAAUAGUCAAAUACUUUAACGAUGUGAUGAAAAAGGUGGUUACUCCUGAAAAGACACUGUGCAUAGAUGAAUCGAUUGGCCCGUUUCAUGAACAUUUAUACUUAUUGUCAGAUCAACACGGUCUUGUGCAUAAAUUAUUAGUUUACAAAGGCAUUGGUGAGGACGAGUUAGAAGAAAUGACGAAACGCGAGAUUGAUAAUUUUAUCCAUGCUCGCGGUAAUGAAGUUGUGAAAAAAUUGCUCGAAGAUAAACUUGAUGUCGGCCAUUCCGUGUACAUGGACAGUGAUUACAACUCUUUAGGACUUGCAAAGUUCUUAGUAGCUCGAAACACACAUGUAACUGGAACUUUGAAACGCAAAAGAGAAGGAAACCCACCAGAAAUAAUCGAGAAAGAGCUGAACAUAGGCGACAAAAUUACUAAAUACAAGAUGGUAUCAGUGUUAUUAUAUGGAAAGAGAAUGUUGAUCACCAUGUUGUAAUGAUAUCUUCAGAGCACGGCAGCGAAUGGCGGGAACACGUCAACAAAUAUAAGCAAUCUAUAAAAAAACCAGCGUGUGUCUGGGAAUUCAAGCAAUACAGGGAUGGCGUAAGAACACAUGAUGAAAUGAUGUCGGACUAUUAUUACAUGCCGGAGAAACUGGCGUGGCACAAGAGAGUAGGGAUACAUAUAUUUCAGAUGUUACUUCUGAAUGCUUAUAAUUUAUACAAAAGGUACGGGGAAAAGCCACCACUUAAGCGAUUCCUGAAGUUCAGACAGGUUGUGAUUGGUCAUCUUCUAUCAGGUGGUGAUUCAGACUCAGUUUAAUUUAUGAUUUAGUUUAAUUUUACAUAUAAAUAUGUUUUAUUUCAGUUAUAAAAAUUAGUAAUAUGUUUAUUUAUUUAUUUUAUUUCAAACUUUAUUGCACAUAAAAAAGAGUACAACAGGCGGACUUAAUGCCAAUAGGCAUUCUCUAUCAGUCAACCAUAAGAUGUUAAGUUUUUAAAACAGGUAUAAAUAAGAAAACAUUAUUUUCUUCUGUUAUAAAUAUAAGAUUAUGAUUGGAUCAGAGUAUAAGAUUUAAAAAAGCGCUGGUGGCCUAGCAGUAAGAGCGUGCGACUUGCAAUCCGGAGGUCGCGGGUUCAAACCCCGGCUCGUACCAAUGAGUUUUUCGGAACUUAUGUACGAAAUGUUAUUUGAUAUUUACCAGUCGCUUUUCGGUAAAGGAAAACAUCGUGAGGAAACCCGACUAAUCCCAACAAGGCCUAGUUUUACCCUCUGGGUUGGAAGGUCAGAUGGCAGUCGCUUUCGUAAAAACUAGUGCCUACGCCAAAUCUUGGGAUUACUUGUCAAAGCGGACCCCAGGCUCCAUUGAGCCGUGGCAAUUGCAAGCCGUGUUCGCUCGAUAUAUUCUAGGUCCUCUUGUAUCAGAAUCGCCACUCCCCCUCCAGGUCGGUCAAAACGAUGAUAUAACGCUGCAAACUCGUAGCCGCUAAUGUUUAUGAAACUUUUGCGCUUCCGAUAUCCAUGUUUCGUUGUAGGCUGUGCGUGUGUGCGUAGAUGUGAGAGCCGCGCGGAUUGUCGAAAGUCAGUGGUAGGACGGUUAACGAUUAUUUUUGAAACUAUUUUGCUUCUAGUUCAUGCAUUUCUUAUCCGAUUUCAAUAAUGUUUCCACUAUCACAAAGCACUGAGUAACCACUACAUAACAGUAUAUAAAACACAUAAAAACUUGAAAAAUGUUAGUUUUUCGAUUUAAAUUCGCGGAGAGCUCUGACACAGUGACUUUACUCGAUGGCGCGCGCGCGCGCCUUCUCAGUUAGACCGGCGAACAGCGCGGUCGUACCGUGUGAUGUUUGUGUUGACGAACCGUUGGAAAUACAUUAUAUCGUAUGAUUUACUGAGGUAAAUACAUUACUUUACAGUUGCCACCCGUGUAGGCCUGUAUCAGUGGAUGCUAUGGAAGCAGUCUUGGUCGCACUUUUGAUAUUUGACAGGCAAUCUUGUACCUACAUUCUAGACCUCGUUGCGACUCUCUCAGGGCCAAACAGAAUCUUGUCAAGUCAGUGCAAGCUCAGCGUGGUCGUGUCUAUCUCGGAACAUAAUGAAUUGGAAAUGAAAAACAUAGUUAUUUUUCUAUAAUUUUCUAUAUUAUUUGGUACAUGAUAUUAGUCUAUCCGUCCAACCAUAGGGAGCUAUAGGCCCCGCCGUUGACUAAACUUUAAAAUACAAAUAUGGCGGCACUUCCGGCCAGUAUAGUUGCACGAUAGACGACAUCCACUUAACUACUGUACAACAUAAGGUUUAGACUAGUUUUUUUGACAGUCAGUCCUAACAUGUAGUAUUUCGUUUUGGCUAGUCCACUUGAAGUAACAAUUCCAUAGAAUGGUUUACCGUAAAACACUAUAAUAACUAUUUUCUAAACGUUACACCCAAACCGAAAGUUCAAUUACAACGCGUAACCUACCUCCUAGUACUUUACUUCUUGAGAAUAGUAAGCCCUGUUUCUAUUAUUGUAAUUAUUUGUAAUCAUAAAAAUGUAUAUAAUCUGUUGACCUUUUGAAGAUUGAAUCUUGAGAUGGUUUUAACGACUUUUUCAUGUGGUCAUUAUAGUCUUUUGCGGCUGUUUUCUUGAAAUAAAUCAGCCGAAACAAAAUACACUCAUGGAUGUGAUCAUUGCCUAUUUUCAUUGAUUUCUAUAGAGCUAGCUAGCGCAGAAUUGACCGUCAGAAAAACAAGCCAUACAUACAUCCCCAGAAGCUUAACUCAAAUGGCGUAAAAAAGCACGCUACAAUACAGAUCCAUACAUAGCUCGGACACAAAAACACCACAUUUAGAAACUGAUAUUGAUAUCAUAUUGAUAUAUUUUACGUUUCCAAAUGUGCCUCUAAAUAAUAAAUAUAUUGUCGGGAGAACGCACUAAAGUCAAACUCUUGGUAUUUCCAAAAAUGUAUCUACGAAUGUAUGAUGGUAUAAUAGCACUUAUAUCGUUUAUCAUGUCACGCGUCACAAAUGAUAAAAGCACGACAUGUUACAGAUUUAUAUAUUUGUUUUAUUCAUUCGAGUCAAAGCACACGUUCUGAAGCCCCACUUCCGACAUCGAAAACUGCUAUUUUUUUCGCUCAUGCAUAUUCGAGUGAUAGGCAGAUAACGAUUUUAGACUUCGAUGUUGGAGGUAGACACUCUAAUCAUGUAAGAAAUGAAAUCGUUUGAUUAAGGUGCGGACUCUCGAUAGCCGGUAGAUCGUCAACAAUUGCGUAAAAAGGCAUGAACUUAUAUUUAUUUUAACAGCCAUUUCGGUACGACAACGCAGAAAAUGAGGCGAUGGAUUUUGCGAGUAUUUUUUUAAUAAUUAUGAAACUACACGCAGAACGUUAUACCGCACCCUUCGUCACGUUUCAAAGCAUCGUGCGAAGUCGAGAAGAUAGUUAUUAAUUAUGUUAUGUCAACGAAACACAUGGACGUAUUUGCCAAAUCAUUCACGUUGCGAGUGACGCAACUUUUGGACCCGGGUACGUCCUUAAACUACGUCCACAAGAGAGGUAUGGGCAUUGUGAAUGUCAUCUCGCUCUGUGUGGUAGGGCACAGCACAGCGGAUGUCAUCCCAGAUCUAGAGCAGAGCCCAACUGGGGAAGUACCUCCACCUUACAGAAAACCGCAGCCAAAUAACACUUGACCCUACUCAUAGUGUUGUGUUCCUGCCGGUGAGUAAGGUUGCCAGAGCUCAACGAGGGGGGUGGGGUUAGGGUCGGCAACGCGCAUGUAACUCCUCUGGAGUUGCAAGUGUACAUAGGCUACGGAGACUGCUUACCAUCAGGCAGGCCGCAUGCUUGUUUGCCACCGACGUAGUAUAUAAAAAAAAAAACGCAGCAACGCCAUAACAAACCACGAAGUGAAUUGUGGGUCUCAGGAUGUACAUAAUACAUGCUUUAGUUAGAAAUGUUGUUUAGGUGAGACUAUUUUUAACAAUAACCCCGAAUCUUGUCUAGUCUCGUAGUUUCAAAUUAGUCAUGCUGUUUUUAUCUGUUGUAUUAGUUCUUUACUUGUGUUAUGUUUAGCUUAGUUAAAUUAACUCUCCUACCUUGUCAUAGUUUUCAUGUAAAAAAAAAUAAUAAUAAAAAAAUAUUAUAGGACAUUAUUACACAAAUUGACUAAGUCCCACAGUAAGCUCAAUAAGGCUUGUGUUGAGGGUACUUAGACAACGAUAUAUAUAAUAUAUAAAUACUUAGAUACAUAGAAAACACCCAUGACUCAGGAACAAAUAUCCAUGCUCAUCACACAAAUACAUGCCCUUACUAGGAUUUGAACCCGGGACCAUCAGCGUCGUAGGCAGGGUCACUACCCACUAGGCCAAACCGGUCGUCAAAUCGUCGGUCGUAUAUGUUAGUCUCACUAAUGUGUAGUUUCAUAAUUUAAAUUUAAUUCAUGUUUAUAAAUACUAUUAUAUCCAUCGCCAUCUUCCUCGUCGUGCUAUGCUAAACUAAUAACAAUCCAAAACAUAAAUACGAGACUAACUCAAUGGCCAACGCAAACUUUAUUUCAUACGCCUCAAGGUUCAAAUCUGUUUGACAAUAUCAUCUUCACAAUCAAAAUAUUGGUCAAAUAACAAAAGGACCACAAAUUUCAUUGGACUAGGUUUGUUAUAUAAUGGUGGGUUUACACAUUCGCGCUCUGUUCUUAUUUGUUUUACGUCAAUUUAUCUAAAGCCGAAAGUAAUUUUUAAAUGUCCAAUUUCUGUCGAAGUUGUUAAAAUUAUUUAGUGUAAAAUAAACACAUUGAACUUUAUUAACAGUGAUAAUUAGAUUAAUAUAUCAUAAUAUGGCUUCCCAUUUUUUUUAAAUACUAAAUAUUAAGAGACAAAAUAACAAAUGUGUAAAACCAGCAUUAAAACAUGGACGAUAAACAAAAGUUCAGACAUUUUAUCAAAGUUUCAUAUUAAGGCGGUAUUUUACGAGUAUUAUCGUAACAUACAAUAUUUUCAUUUUAUCAUCCACGAAAACAAUUACAAUAUUUAAACUCUACUCGGGUCCAUUUACCAAAAGCUUGCUCAAUUACGCAAUAAUCACAAAAUUUGUCAAAUAAAUGUAUUUAUUAAACAAAGAGAAAUAUAAGUAAUAAAAAAUUAGCUUACAUUCAGUUAAGGCGCGCGGGCGCAAGCUCUUAAAACUAAGCGAACAUCGCCUUAAUAUACAUCAACUACAAUAACAUUAUGUACACGUCCGUCGAGAAGUCGACCUUAUGAUAUAAGAACACAGUAUCCCUCGUGAAAGGAUUGGCCUGUACUCACCCAGAUCUUACGGCACAUUCACACGGAAUUAAAAAUAUCAAACAUGUAUGAAUACACCAUAACGCGUUAUUGUUUGACAACUCAAAAUGUCGAGUGUUACCGACCGAUCCUUUUCAGUACUGCCCAAUGAUUUCUAGAUUUGCUACUGAAAGUAAAAUAUAAAGGUCAAAUACAUGUUUUGGAAAUCUGAAGGUUCUUAGACUCGGACGGUGCAAGUGUUAUUUUAAACGUCAAACUUCUGUGGAAUUAUGACGUGGCUAUCAAUAUCGCUGCCAACUUAACUGGAUCUGACUCUAUAUGUUGUGUCCGAAUAUGUUAAUUAUAUCAAUGGUUGGAGAAAGUUCCAUAACAUCCAUAUGUCAAAUUAAGACGUUAUUAACGGGACUUUUUCAAAUUUAAAUUUAUUUCCGAUGUGUCGAGGAGGACGGCUAGGAGAAGACUGGCUAAAAUUGACAUUAACAUCUUUUAGCCGCGCGAGUUUUUCGAACUACCCGCACUUGGUCUUGUUCAUCAACUACGUUUAUUUAUUUAUUUAAUCUUUAUUGCACAAUACAUGAAGGUACAAAUAGCAGACUUAAUGCCUUAAGGCAUUCUCUACCAGUCAACCAAUGGGUUAAACCAGAAAGAUUUACGUUUUGCGCACUUGAGAUAUUACUCGAUCGACACAACACUAACGAUAUUAGUUUUAAAAUUAACUUAAAACUUAAAUAUCCGCGAUCAAGUCCCGUUUUCUUAUUGUGUAAAAAUUAAAACUUUUAUUAUUUCUUGUAUAUCAGCACUCAAAUAUAAUAGACCGUUUUAUUUAAAACUGCAUGAGAUUAAAGCAAGAAAUAUUACUUUGGUAAUCCGCGAGAAAAUAACGUGUUAGUCAAUCAGUGCUAACCCGUUGUACUUACUUGCGUAUUUUUACAUGCAAUUAAUGUUCCCACCGCAAAAAUAAAUACGCAAAUAAAUAUAACAACCCACCACCAAAAGUACAAAACUC